AUGCGUUCCAAGUUCAAGGACGAGCACCCUUUUGAGAAGCGCAAAGCUGAGGCAGAGCGUAUCCGUCAGAAGUACGCGGAUCGGAUUCCGGUGAUUUGCGAAAAGGUCGAGAAGUCAGAUAUCGCUACUAUUGACAAGAAGAAAUAUCUGGUUCCGGCAGAUCUCACCGUUGGGCAGUUCGUUUACGUGAUCCGCAAGCGUAUCAAGCUAUCUCCCGAGAAGGCCAUUUUUAUCUUCGUUGACGAGGUCCUUCCACCCACGGCAGCGCUCAUGAGCAGUAUCUACGAAGAACACAAGGAUGAGGAUGGCUUUCUAUACAUAACGUACUCUGGCGAGAACACGUUCGGUGACUACUAG